AUGAAAAAGGAGGAAGAUGCCGUAACAUUGAAGGAGGAGAAUGUAGUGAAAGACGAGGAAGAACCUUUCAGAAUGAAAAAGGAGGAAGAUGCCGUAACAUUGAAGGAGGAGAAUGUAGUGAAAGACGAGGAAGAACCUUUCAGAAUGAAAAAGGAGGAAGAUUCCGUUACAUUGAAGGAGGAGAAUGUAGUGAAAGACGAGGAAGAAACUUUUGGAGACAACGCUAGCCCUUCCUCCCUCCUGGAGUCCCCAGGUUGUCUGUGCUGCUGGAGAACAACGGGGCUGAGUGGAACUGUGAGAGGAGGAGAAGAGAAGAAAGGAUCAGAUUUGACUCAUCAAAGAGAAAGACCAGACUCCGAGGAACCAGAGCCAGAGACGUCCAAACCAGCACGAGGACACCACUGCUCCCACUGUGGAAAGGGUUUUAAACAGUUACGGGACCUGAAACAACAUGAGAGAAUACAUACAGGAGAAAAGCCUUACCACUGCGCCCAGUGUGGAAAGAAUUUUAACCACAAAGGAUUCCUGAAACAACACGAGAAAAUACACACAAGGGAGAAGCCUUACCACUGUUCCCAGUGUGGAAAGAGUUUUAACCAGAAAGCACACCUGAAAGCUCAUGAGAGAAUACACACAGGGGAGAAGCCUUAUCACUGCUCCCAGUGUGGAAAGUGUUUCAAAGGGCCUUGUCAUCUGAAACAGCAUGAGAGAAUACACACAGGGGAGAAGCCUUACCACUGCUCCCAGUGUGGACAGUGUUUCAACCAGAAAGGACACCUGAACCAACACGAGAGAAGACACACAGGGGAGAAGCCUUAUCACUGCUCCCAGUGUGGAAAGUGUUUCUAUCGGUCAGAGGAGCUGAAAGGACAUGAGAGAAUACACACAGGGAAGAAGCCUUAUCACUGCUCCCAGUGUGGAAAGUGUUUUAAGCAUUUAGGAAACCGUAAAUCUCAUGACAGAAUACACACAGGGGAGAAGCCUUAUCACUGCUCCCAAUGUGGAAAGUGUUUCAACCACUCGGGAUUUGAACCACCACGAGAGAAUACACACAGGGGAGAAGCCUUACCACUCCUCCCAGGGUGCAAAGCUUUUGCCCAUUUAGGAAGCCUGAAAGAACACAUGAGACUACACACAGAGGCUUAGAAAUUGCUCAGACUGGGAAAACAUAUUACUCAUCAGUCACUUAAACAUCAUUAGAGAAUCCACACAGAAGAGAAGAAUUACUUGUAUAUUGAUAUUUCACAUCUCAUUGACUUAAAAUUCAUCAGAGAACAUACACAGUGCUCCCAUUGUCUUAUAUUGUUGACUGAUAAUGUGUUUACCUGUUUUUACCAUAUGAAACUGAAUUGUACAAAGUAUACUAAAACAUAUUUGUUUGUUUUUAUUAGAAAACAUGAAUUUAAUAUGGAGUAUGUCAGUUUGAAUAUAAAGAAGAUCAGGUUGCUUGUGUUUAAAUGGUCCUUUUUUUAAACUCUUUGUGUGUGUUUAUCUGGGUGUGUCAUUCCUCCAGCACUACAGAUAAUCAAGUUUUGGAUGUGAUGCAUUUGUUCCAUUGUUUACAUUUGUAUUGUUGGCCCACUGAUGAUUUAAUGACAUGAAAAUAUUCAGACUGUAAUGGAAAAUGUUAAUUGUAUGUGUGUCCACAUAACUGAGUAUGUGACUAACCUUGUGAUACUGUCCUAUUAUAAUCUCCUGUUCUUGGGACCAUCAUUAUGUGUUGCAAACCAGCUGCACCUGCGUCCUUGUAUGAAUAACUGAGUAACUCUGUUAUUCUCUCUGAGCUCAGAAAUAAAGAAUCUUGGUUUGA